AUGCCUCUCAUAUGUGUGAUGAUGGCCAUGACGGCAGCCAAUGGUUGCCACUUCCCGUACAAUUGUGUCCUUCAGCUCCGGAUUGGUACACGCGUCAUAUCAGGUACCCCAAUAGCCAGAAAUCUGCCGAGGUCAGGUCUGGCGAACGGGGAGAUCAUUCAUGCAGAAAGUAACCCUCAGACACUUCUGGAGCUGAAGGAUGCAAUUGUGGGGAAAGUGGCAACCAUACCGGACGAGAUGCGUUUGGCUGUCGUCAUGACCGUCAUCACACGUAUAAGAAGCAUUUUGGAAACCUAUGAAUUCAAAGCCAGAGGUGUGAAGAAGAAGAAAGUCAACAUAGAUGUCUCUGUCGAAGGGGUGCAGGUCGCCCUGAAGAAGAAGAAAAAGAAAAACCAGUGGAUAGAAGACGGGAGAUUGCUAUUGAUGCACCAUCCCAUACACAGGAUAUUCUACGUUUCCCACGAUUCACAAGAUCUGAAAAUCUUCAGCUAUAUUGCCAGAGAUGGAUCCAGCAAUGUGUUCAAGUGCAACGUCUUCAAAUCCAACAAAAAGACUCAAGCUAUGAGGAUAGUGAGGACGAUCGGACAAGCCUUCGAGGUAUGUCAUAAGAUGUCCGUUCAAACUCAGCCAGGUGAUGAUGGAGAUGCAGCCAGCGAGGAAGGAAGUGAACCUCUAAGUGAGAAGACUCGAAGAGCCGACUCUGAAGGAGGUGGCUCAGAGCAGAAAGAUGAGGAGAAGAAAACUUCUGAAAAAGGGGUCAGGAGUCUGGAAAGCCAUACCAUCAUUGACUUGGAGCCUCUCCCUCCACCGCCAUCUUCUGACCAGAAGUCUCUGCUUAUGGGUGAAGUAUACUCAUCCCCAAAAGCAAGACCUCUUCCAAGUGGGGAGCUUCCCAUUAAAAGUGGAGGGCCUCUGAGUGCUCAUCAUGAAGCUCAACUACUCCGUGAGCAGCUGGAAGCACAGGCGCAACAAACUCAAGCUGCAGUCGCUCAAGUCCAUUUGCUCAGGGAACAACUUGCAGCAGAAACUGCUGCCAGGCUUGAGGCACAGGCUAGGACACAUCAGUUGCUGACAAGUAAUCAUCAGCUCCUUGAACAUAUUCGAGCACUAGUUCUUCAACUAGUGGAUCUCGAAGCCCGCUUGGAGCCUGGUUCAGAGUUCUCUGCUUCUCAAGUUCGUCAUAUGCUACAAUCUCUACCACAGAUGCAAGUUUUGCUGGAAGCCCAGACUCCUGGGAGCAGCAGCUUGGGGCUGAGCAGUGAAGGUUUCUCAGCUUCCUUUGGGACUAGUACUCAACAAUCCCAACCCCAGCAGGUAUCCCUUCAGCAUCUCCUGCUUUUACAACAGCAGCAACAACUGCACCAGCAGCACCAACUAGGACUAUUCUUGGCUCCUGGUACCCCCUGGGCUACUGGUUCUCCUGGCACUCCAGCUGCACCUCCUAUUUAUUCUUCUCCCUCUUUCAAUUCCUUGCUUCGUGCCUCUCUUGAGAAACCUGGUGAUGGGUCUUCAGGACUAAUCUAUCCCUUGGCUGAAGGCAAACCCCGCAUUUUCUUACCCUCAUCUACUGGUGAUGGGAUGGCAGGCGGACGGCGUGGUGUAGACUCAGGGAAUCAUAUGUCAGGAACAACAACAAGUAGCACCUCCCUCAGUUCUGGAGGGAAAGGGUCUUCCUCGUUAGAUGCCAGUCAGCACAGCACUAUCAAUCCAAGGGAACUGUUGCUACAGGAAUUGGCAAAUUUAAGACUUGGGCCUGUCCAAGUUGGUGCCACAGGGCAGGGGGCUAACCCAGGCCCAAUUCUCCGAUCGUGCAGUGAAAGAGUCCCUUCCCACAGACGUGAUGGAAGCAUGGGCUGCAUUUCCAGGAGUGGCUGGGGAAGGCAUACGACCAACUGAUCAGUCUAUCAGCUUCACUGUCCCAAAAUCCCUUACCAGUAACUCCUACCAGGAUUGGCUGAUGCAUUCAUUCCUAAUGGGUGGAGCAUAGGUCAAGAAGCAGGAAUUCAACUAUGUCAGAUCCAUUUUCAAACAGGUAUUUUGUACCGGUGCAAUGAGAAUUCCCUUUAUGCUCAUUUUGAUUAAAGGAACUUUACAGGUCAGAAAUGUUAUUGCUUUUAUGAUGAAAUGAAAAUUCCAAAAUCUUCACAAAAUAUCAUGAAAUACCUAAUAUG